GGUCGAUGGCCGACCACGGUGUUUGAAGUCGAAGAAAUUAAUUGGUGCACAUUGCAUAUUUUUAGUUUAGUAAUUCAUUGAAUUAUGUUGUUUCAAAGAAAAUGAAGUAAAACUUAUGAGAUUACCGGCAGUGUAUUCAGGUUGCUUCGGAUGUCCUGAAAGAAUUGUAAGAACUAUAGCUCACGCAAUACUCUAGAAUGGAUCCAACAUGUUCUCAUUUUAAUUUUGAUGCAUAUGAAGCGGUUAAUAAUGUCACGUUUGACACAGAAAAUAAGACUGACAGUGAAGCCUGUGUGGUUGACAAUGAAGCUUCAUCUCAAGAUAAUUCCAAGCAUAAGAUAGAUGAUAUAGAGCGCCAGGACUUUGAUGAGGAGAAUAGAAUAAUAAAUCAUUGUUCUAGUAUGAUUGUGGAUGGUAAAAUAGCCGCGAGUCCACAUUACUCUGGCAACCUGUCCAGUGCGAGCUCCAGUCUGGCGUCCAGCUCGGAGACCAUAUCCGCCUUCCCAAAUAUUAUAGCCAAUGACUACAGUUUACCUGGCUGUAGCAAAACAGAAGAUUGUGAAGAUAGUAAUGCGACAAUAAAAAAUAUGAUACAUUCUCGAAAACCUGCAAGCACAGUCGAGGAGCCUCCGAGGAAAGAAGUCUACAAGCCUGACUUCAUGCAAAAACUUCUUAGUAGUGGUGUCCAAGAGAAGAAGGACUUUCCUAAAGGAAAGCUGUAUAAAGCGGAGCAGAUGGGUGAGAGUUCUUGCGACAACCAUACUCCCGAUGUGAGCGACCUGGAGGCUACUGGUGGGCCCUCGGGGCGCACCAGCUCCAACGCGUCCAGCAUCGGCAGCACCGGCUCGGACAGCAACAAGGACUUUACCGUGCCCUCCACGUCCAACGCCGACAAGUUGCUAGGCCUCGACGACACGAGGAAGAAUGAGCCGGGGAGCUCCAAGUCAUCUCCCUUCAUGCAGCCAUUUUGCGAUGGGGAUGAUGACUCGGAUGACGACGUUAUUGAAGAAACGUGGUGUACUUGUUUAUCAUCACAUGAGGACGACGAGGAUGACGAAGAGCCAGAAAUUGAUGAGAGACUUUGGAGAAAGAGGCGUUACGAGCCGCCUCCGCCUCAGUACGCGAAGAAGUUCUGCCCGGACGGCAGCACGAGCGCGCCGCCCGACGGCGGCUGGCUGCAGGCGCUGCCGCCUUCCGCCAUGCCCGCCGCCCUUCAAGGACCACCUGAAAUUAAAAAUUGGCUCAACAGAUUCCAAUCGUGGUCGAAUGCCGAGAAGAUUCAAGCGAUCGACGCUCUGAUCGGGCGCUGCGCCGCGAGCCACGUGCGGCACAUGAUGAAGGCCAUCGAGCCGCUGUUCCAGAGGGAUUUCAUCUCGCUGCUGCCCAAGGAGCUGGCGCUUACGGUGCUGGGCUACCUGCAGCCCAAGGACCUGCGGCGCGCCGCGCAAACUUGCCGAUACUGGAGGUUCCUUGCUGACGACAAUCUACUAUGGAAGGAGCAGUGCCGGCGUAUAGGCAUAACGACACUCAAGAAGAUGCCUCGGUCGCUGCCUCGCUGCGUCAGCCCCUGGAAAGCGGCCUUCAUGCGCCAAUACCUGAUCGAGAACAACUGGCUACACAAACCGGUCAACAACCCCAUCAUGAUGAGAGGACACGAUGAUCAUGUCAUAACCUGCUUGCAGUUCUACGGAAAUCGCAUUCUUAGCGGCAGCGACGACACUACGCUGAAAGUGUGGUCGGCUAUUACGGGAAAGUGCCUGCGCACGCUGGUGGGGCACUCUGGCGGCGUGUGGUCCUCGCAGAUGGUGGGCGACCUGGUGAUCAGCGGCUCCACCGACCGCACCCUGCGCGUGUGGGACGCCAAGACAGGCCAGUGCCAGAAGGUGCUCGCUGGACACACCUCCACGGUGCGCUGCAUGCAUCUAUACAACAACAGGGUGGUGUCGGGAUCGCGCGACGCCACGCUGCGCGUGUGGUCCAUCCCCGAGGGGCGCUGCCUGCGCGUGCUGGUGGGGCACCUGGCGGCCGUGCGCUGCGUGCAGUACGACGGGAAGGUGGUCGUGUCCGGCGCCUACGACUACUUCGUCAAGGUGUGGAACCCCGACACCGGCGAGUGCCUGCACACGCUCGCGGGACACACCAACCGCGUCUACAGUCUACAGUUUGACGGCGUGCACGUGGUGAGCGGGUCGCUGGACACGUCGAUCCGCGUGUGGGACGUGGAAUCAGGCCAGUUGAAGCACACGCUCACGGGUCACCAGUCGCUCACCUCCGGCAUGGAGCUGCACUCCAACAUACUCGUCUCCGGCAACGCGGACUCAACCGUUAAGGUGUGGGACAUCACCACCGGACACUGCCUUCACACGCUGUCAGGUCCUAACAAACACCAAUCGGCGGUGACGUGCCUGCAGUCGUGCAACCAGUUCGUUAUAACGUCGUCGGACGACGGCACGGUGAAGCUGUGGGACGUGGUCACCGGCGAGUUCAUCCGCAACCUGGUGGAGCUCAGCUCGGGCGGGUCGGGCGGCGUGGUGUGGCGCAUCCGCGCCUCCGCCACCAAGCUCAUCUGCGCCGUGGGCUCGCGAAACGGCACCGAGGAAACCAAGCUGCUCGUACUCGACUUUGACGUGCCCGGCGCCUGUCGCAAGUGCGACGAAUAGCAUCGACUCAACCGACGCUUGAUGCGUCGCUACGUCAACCUGUACGCUCCGUGGAACUUUUAAACGCGUCGUCUGUGUCACCCUGUUCUGUCCGUGCAUGGGACGGCAAAAGCGACUCGUGUUGUGCGGGUGGUUAUUUCAUGCUUAAAAAUUU